AUGUUCUCAGUCCUCUCCUAUGGGAGGCUUGUGGCUCGGGCGGUCCUCGGGGGCCUCUCGCAGACGGACGGAGACUAUAGACUGAUCAGCGCCAGUUACGGUUUUGGGAAAGACUUCCGGAAGGGCAUCCUGAAGAAAGGCAUGUGCUACGGGGACGAUGCGUGUUUUGUGGCGCGGCACAAGACGGCGGACGUCCUGGGGGUGGCGGAUGGUGUGGGGGGGUGGAGGGACUAUGGUGUGGACCCCUCCCAGUUCUCUGCGACCCUCAUGAAAACCUGCGAGCGCCUGGUGAGGGAGGGACGCUUCUCCCCCAACAACCCAGUGGGCAUCCUGACCUCGGGCUACUUCGAGAUGCUGCAGAACAAACUGCCUCUGCUGGGCAGCAGCACAGCGUGUAUUGUGGUCCUGGAUCGCCGUGGUCGCCGCCUACACGCCUGUAACCUCGGAGACUCGGGUUUCCUGGUGGUGCGCGGGGGGGAGGUGGUGCACCGCUCUGAUGAGCAGCAGCACUACUUCAACACACCCUACCAGCUCUCCAUCGCCCCCCCAGGCUCAGAGGGGGUGUUGCUGAGCGACAGCCCUGAUGCCGCCGACAGCUCGUCCUUUGACGUGGAGCUCGGUGACAUCAUCCUGACGGCCACAGACGGUCUGUUUGACAACAUGCCUGAUCACAUGAUCCUCAUGGAACUGCGGAAACUCAAGAACAGUAACUAUGAGAGCGUGCUACAGACGGCGCAGAGCAUCGCGCAGCAGGCCCAUGACCUCGCCUACGACCCGCUCUACAUGUCUCCGUUCGCACAGUUCGCCUGCGACAAUGGCCUCAACGUCAGAGGCGGGAAACCUGACGACAUCACGGUUCUGCUGUCCAUCGUGGCUGAGUACACGGACUGA